ACUUCAGCAAAGAUGGCUGGAUUUCCAGGUGUUUCUGCUUUAUUCGAAAAUUCAAACGAAGUGUUUUUGGAUGUUUCAAAAUUAUUAAUAACUUACGCGGAUAAUAUUAUCAGGAACCCAAAUGAAGAAAAAUACAGAUCCAUUCGAAUCGGCAACCCUACAUUUGUCACCAAACUUCUUCCAAUAAAAGGAGCGGUCGAGUGCCUCUUUGAAAUGGGCUUUGAGGAGGCCGAGACCCACCUGUUUUUUCCGAGGUCAGCGUCUGUGGAUCAGCUGAGACGGGUGAGAGAGUCUCUAGCUGCAGAAAGAAACCAGAGAUUAGAAGCAGGUCAGUGUACAUCUUACCCUCAGAAUACAAGCCCGUGCAGCUCUACUGCCUCCGCUUCUCCUGCUUCUCCAACUCCUGUGCCUGCCACAGCCCCCCAACCUGCUGUACAACAGCAACAGUUCAGGAUAAACAGCCCAACCUUCCUCAGGACUCUGCAAGCAAACUUUCAGCAUGUGAUGAUGUAUGAGAAAUCUGACCUUCAGCAGAAAGCUUUGAGGUGUAUACCACAUGAACAGCUGAACUCCAGAGCAAAAGAACGACUUCAGCAGGCCAGAAAAGCAGACCCAGGUUGUGAUCUUGCUGAGGAGGACUUGUUGGUAAUGGAGUUGUUGCAGUGGUUUAAACAGGACUUCUUUUCCUGGGUGGACAGCCUGCCUUGCAGUCAGUGCCGGGGUAAUACCCGCCACGCUGGUCCCCUGACACCUUCUACAGAUGACCUUCGCUGGGAUGCUGGCAAUGUGGAAAACCACUUCUGUGACAGCUGUCACCUCAUCAACAGAUUUCCAAGGUACAACAAUCCUGAGAAGCUGCUGGAGACCAGAAGGGGGCGCUGUGGGGAAUGGGCCAACUGUUUCACUCUGUGCUGCAGGGCAGUGGGAUUGGAGGCCAGGUAUAUCUGGGACUCCACAGAUCAUGUGUGGACGGAGGUGUACUCUCACUCUCAGCGCCGCUGGCUGCACUGUGAUCCAUGUGAAAAUACGUGCGAUAAACCUCUGCUGUAUGAGAUCGGCUGGGGCAAAAAACUCUCCUACAUCUUUGCUUUUUCUAAAGAUCAGGUGGUUGAUGUGACAUGGCGUUACUCCUGUAAACAUGAGGAAGUCCUCUCCAGACGUACGAAGGUUCAGGAGACGUGGCUGCUACACACCGUCACUGGACUUAAUUCUGUGAAGCAGCAGUCACUGAAUCCUGAGAGAAACCGGGAGCUGCUGGAGAGGUUGUUGGUGGAGCUAGUGGAGUUUAUUUCCCCUAAGAUUCCCAAACCGGGAGAACUAGGAGGCAGAAUAUCAGGAUCUCUAGCCUGGAGGGCUGCACGUGAAGAGACUGGUGCUGCCAGUGCCAAAAAGAAGGCUGUAGAGUUUGUGUUCAUCCCCACCGAGCCAGAAAAGUGUGCAAAGUUAUUCCACCUGCAAUAUAAUGUGACCAAAGACUCUUACUGCAGAGUGCAUAAUGGUGCAGAGAAGAUCCAGGGCUGGGAAAACGCAGUGUGGAAGAAUGAGUCUGUGUUCAGGAAGGAAGAGCAGGACUGGCAGAUGGUGUACCUUGCCCGGACAGAGGGAUCGAUAUCUGGCAGGGUGUGUUGGAAAAUCAUGUGUGCUCCUGUCGGGAUGAAGAUCAAGUCAGUCUCAGUCAGAGCCACCAGUCAGACCUUUCACUCUGCUGAAGUCCUUUGGAAACUACGCUCUGCCCAAACCACCAUCGAGUUUCCCGGAGAUGGGGAAAUGCACUCACCAGUAGGUUUCUCAGGAUCUGGUGAACUGUUUGUAGAAGCAGAGCUGGGUGGAGGCGACGGAGACGCAGCUUGGCAACAUGCUCAGCUUUUCAGACAGAGUAUGAAGGAAGCAGAAGCACCUUCGUUAGAAAUCCUUGUAGAAAUGGAAGACGCCUGAUAGAUUAUUGCUCCAGAUUCUUUCUUUCUAUUGAGAAACAAGAAAUUGGUCAGUAAUGUCUGAGUCUAUGGUGAACGAAGUGUGAGUAGUAGAGACCUAGCACGCUCUCACUUUUAAUCAAGUCUGCUCUGUGUGUUAGUGCUUUGUACAUAGAAAUAUCAAUGAAAAAUGAAGUAUAGGUCUGUGAAAGACAGGAAAGGGUUCAAAUUAUUACAUUUUUAUUUAACAUGGUGAAACUUUGUGAGAGUCCAAUCAAGUUAUAAAGAGGACGGUUUUGAAUACUCUAUCCUCUGGAACUUUAUGUUGAAAUCUCCAUACUUUGGUUUCAUAGCAGAUAGAACACUGUUACCAAUGAGAAAUAUAAGAAAGCAGAUGUUUUAAUUAUUUUUAAUGUUUUACAUUUUUUAUUCAUCGAUUUUUAUUUGUUUUGUUUAUUACUAAGAAUCCCUCCGGAUUAAAGAUGGGUGAUGUUGUUAACGCCAUGCACCUUCUGUAUUUGUUUGCCCUGCUUGAGAUUCGAACCCCUGGAAUUCUUACCAUUACACCACAUGAGAAAAAAACUUAAAUAAUAGAUUUAAAUAAAUACAUUUAAAUAAAUAGUUAUUGUGUUAUUGCACAAUUUAAACAGUGGAAUUUGCACAAGAGUGUCCAAAGUUUUGCAUAACACUGUUUUGUGAUAGUAAGAAACAAUGAUGGCAUAAAGAUUUUGACACCCAACAAUAGAAUACUUAGAAAAGUGUAUCAAUGAUGUUGAUAUAAAGUAAUAAUGUUAUGUCAUACCACACAGUCCGCUGUGUCUGUUUUUUUUUUUGUUUUUUUUUGCAAUUUCUUAACUAAAUAAAUCGUUUUACAAUACCAUA